UUAAUUAAAAAAUAAAAAUAUCAACCAGUUUUUUUUUCCGUCAUGAGGGGAUGAUAAAAAAAGACCUUUCGGGGCGUAUCUAAUAAAUUUACAAUUAAAUACCGUUUGGUAAUUCAAAAUAUACAAUAUAAUUUUAACUAUGAUUUAAUGUAUUAUAUAAUAAUCCAUUCUUACAGAAAUGGCUCACUCUAGCUUCAGUGCUGUCGACGAGUAUGGUUUUGAAAGACAUGAUGAUUUUGACUUCGAGAGCUAUGAAGAGUUUAUGUCUGUGUAUCUCAAAGUUUUGGCCUCAAGGGCGCAAAAGUGGGCUGUUCUUCUGGGAGAAGGAAAGUCUGUCAAACGGACUAACACCAUCAAAAGAUAUGUUCGCAAGGGUGUGCCAGGUGAACAUCGUCCAUCAGUAUGGAUGGCUAUAUCACAAGCAGAUAAGAUGAAAGAUCAAUGUCCUGACUUAUACCAGAAGAUCCUUGAUAGUCCUUUUGAAAAAGAGCUGGUAGAUUUAGUUAAAACAGACCUGCCUCGCACCUUUCCUGACAAUAUUUAUUUUUCAAAGGAAGCCAAUCAUCAAGCACAUCUUUUUAAUGUAUUAAUAGCUUAUGCUCAUAACAACAGAGCAGUUGGUUACUGUCAGGGGUUAAACUAUAUUGCUGGUUUAUUAUUGCUAGCCACAAAGAGUGAAGAAACAUCAUUUUGGCUUCUCAAAGUGUUGGUGGAAAAAAUUCUCCCAGACUACUAUACAAAAACCAUGGAUGGUCUUAUAGUAGAUAUUGAAGUGUUAUCAGAACUAGUCAAAUCCAAGGCACCUGAUGUACAUCAACAUGUUAUAAAUUUAGGUCUGCCGUGGGCUGUCAUAACUACCAAGUGGUUUGUCUGCCUCUUCGCUGAAGUCCUGCCCAUAGAGACUGUGUUGAGAAUAUGGGACUGUCUGUUCUACGAGGGCUCCAAGAUACUGUUCAGAGUUUGCCUGACACUGAUCAAGAAUAACCGGGCGUCUAUAAUGGCUUGUAACGACUUCACCACACUGGCGGAAUGCUUUAAGGCUAUCGUUAAAAAUGCAAGUGCAUUGCAUUGUCAUGAAUUUAUGCAGUCAAUAUUCAAAGUACCUGGCACCCUGUCCAACUCUACAAUAAUAAAGCUUCGAGCCCGUUUCGCGAAGCAACGUCGAGAGCAACUGCAGAAGGAACCGCGGUGAACCAAUAUUCAAUCUUAAGGAACUUUUGAUCUCAUCUUUUCAAAAGAUUUACCAAAUGAAUUUAUUCUAAUAAACUUUUUGUUAUCAAACAAACUUCGAAGCACAAAUUUAAUUAUAGAACAGGAGCAUGUAAUAGUCAGACACUUUAUAGAAUGUCAGAUCUGAAAAUACAAGACGCCAAACUGUGUAGGUAUUAUAACCCUUUUGAUGGUCUCCGUAGCACAAUGGUGUAGGGCUCUUAUUUUAUUAUACUACGAGUAACUUGGUCAUUCUUAAUUUUGGGUAGAUAUGGAUAUGGUUAUAGCCCAGUGGAUAUGACCUCUGCCUCCGAUUUCGGAGGGUGUGGGUUCGAAUCCGGUACGGGGCAUGCACCUCGCAACUUUUCAGUUGUGUGCAUUUUAAGAAAUUAAAUAUCACGUGUCUCAAUCGGUGAAGGAAAACAUCGUGAGGAAACCUGCAUACCAGAGAAUUUCUUAAUUCUCUGCGUUUGUGAAGUCUGCCAAUCCGCAUUGGGCCAGCAUGGUGGACUAUUGGCCUAACCAAUCUCAUUCUGAGAGGAGACUCGAGCUCAGCAGUGAGCCGUAUAUGGGUUGAUAACAAUGAGAUAUGGAUAUAAUAUGCGUCAAACUUUUAGGCUGCUGAACCAGAGGUGUUUGGCUGUGUAGUGAACAAAAACAUCCCAGAAGUGUUAAAAUACCUGCACAGUUGUAAUUUCAGAGCUGACUAGAAGUUGGGCACAUACUAUAAUAAUGCUACAAAUGUACCCAGUGGUACCCUCAUCCACAUCCUUGCAACAAAGGUUACUAAAUUUAUUACAUGUAGAUGUAAUAUUUGUGUUUGUGAUUAAUAACAUUAAUUUAUUUUUAUCAAUAUUGAUAAAAACAUACAAUUAAACCAUUUUUUUAAUUAACAUGAGUUGUUGAUAUCAUGUAUUGCUUCCAUUAAAGUCCAAAACAUGCUCAUGUUUUAUUCAAAAUAUUAUAUUUUGAGUGAUCAAAUAUAAAAAUAAAGUGUAAUUUUUUUUUACAUGUGAAAUGUGAAUACUAUGAGUUUUUCAAAUAAAAGAAACUAGACUAGUUUCCAAAAUAUUACAACGUAUUUUAUUAGUUAAUAUUAUAUGAGUAAUUAAUUAUUUAGUUAAGCAUGACAAAUGAGUUUUUGUGAACAAUAAUUGUUUUAAGUGAUGAUUUUUUUAUUUCACAUAUCAUAAGGUGUUGUUAUUUUUUUUUAAUAUUUUGUAAGCUUCCAACAGUACAAGUUUAUAUACUACUUGCAACUGUUAUUUUAUAUAUUUGUAAAUGAAAUAAUAUAAAACGCUGCUUACUUUACAGUCAGUGUGUACAUUUAUAUUUAUACGCACUGCUGAGCAGUUGCGAUUGAUUUAUAUAUAUUUUACAUAAAAGUAUUUUUUCCUUAAUCCCUCCAGUCAUUUUAUCAAUGUAUUUGUUAGAUAAGCCUUUUUGUUAGAUAAGCCAAGGUUCUGAAUUUGGUAAACAUUUGAGCAACUUUUACAGUGCCCACUAACUUUGUCCUGCAGUUUCAUCUGCAUAGAUCCCAGUUAAAUAAGCCAACUGAUAUGAAAUGUCUAAAUGUCUAAAUAGUGGGACCUUAAAUUGUCUAUUUUCCCAAUUUACUUAUUAGUAUUAAAUCAUGAUUUUUAACAUUAUGUUAUGAAAUCAGUAAUAACAAAAUUAUCACCACUACUUUUGUAUUUUUUGUAAUCCUGUUAAUUUCAUAGUUUGAAAUCAAAAAAUGUUUGUUUCCCCUGAUUUAUGUAAUUUACUCAGAUACUUGUUAAAGCUGGUGGAAUAAAACGGUUAUUUUAAAAUUUAAUUAUUAUUAUCUUUUAUUGUAUUAAGUAAGAACUCUAGAUUUAAGUAUUUAUUUUAAUUACACAAACAAAAGAGUGAGAAUAUUGAUUAAAAAAAUAUAAUCACUAUCAAAGAAAUAAACUGUAUUUCUUUUGUAAUAGACUGUAUAAAUCUGUAAGUGUAACUUUACUUUGUUACACUAUGUGAUUGUAUAAUUACACGUAUGAGUAUGUUAUUACAUGAAUUGCAUACAUUAUAUUUUUUACCUUCGUAUACAUCUGUUAUAAUUCAGUGCAAAUGAACUGUUGAUGUGCAAGAAACUCGGUUGUGUUGUGUUCAACAGUGGUUGAUAAACAAUAAUACUAUCAUAAUCAGAGUGAAGGAGUUGUAAACAUUUUCUCUCCACUUAUCUAUUGAUGAAAAGUAUAACCAUGGAUCCUUUUUUGAUUGAUAUAUUUUAAAAUUGAAAUUGUCUAGAAGGCACAACCAUGACUGCCAAAACAGAAUAUUAAUAACGAAAUAAACAUUACUGUCUUUAAAUAUAAAAUCAUUAUAUCUUUGGAGUUUGCCAAAGAAUCUUUUAACUAAUAAAUUAUUGAGUCAUUGGGCCAAGGAACUACAUAAUUUACUGUUUGUAUGAUAUUCUUGGAGUUUUGAAUGAAAUUUCUUUCAAAACCAAAACUGCUUGCCUACCUUCUCAUCCAGACUUUGUUCCCUGACCCAAGGACUAUGAAUUAUUGUCAUUAGGAUUUAGGACUUGAAAUGGUAAAUUUAUAUACAUUAUAUAUAUAAUAUGUGUGUACAAGUUGUGCAGCUUUCACUAUUUAGUAUUUAAUAUUUAUACAAAUUGCUUGUCCUUUGUAUGCAUCAGUAGUUAAAUAUUUUAUAAUAAUAUAUAACAUAUAUUUGUGACAUUUAAUCUAAAUUUUUUAUUUUAGAUUAAAUAGAUUAAACUGAUAGUAUUAUUUACCAUAAAUAAAUUUGAACAAUAAUUAUUUUUUAUUACUUAUAUAGAUUUUUAGAUCAUCUCCAAAAUUUCAGAUGAGCUUCAGUCAAUUUUGUAAUUAUUGAACAGUUUAAUAUCUUGAUGUUUUUUAUAAGCUUAGCAUAGUUUCCAUUUGCUGAGGAUUAAAUAAAUGUGAGGUAGUGUCUUUAUAAUAACAACUCUCAAAAUUAACUGCUUACCUGAUGAAAAAAUACUGUAAUUUUCAAUUAUCUCUCUGUGUAUUGUUAGAUUAAAUCUGACACUAUAAGACAAAAUAACAGUGUUGUUAAAUCACUUGCUAAAGACUGAUGUUUUCCAUGGUCAGCCAUGGAAACCUUUGAAAACCAUUCAUACAAAUGUAAGGCAAAGGUCAUCUAUUCAUAGGAUUCAUUGACAUACAAUUUUUCCACCGUUAGAUUUCCUUAAUCUGUCUACUAAUUAUAAAUGACCUCCCUGCCCAACUUUGUACUUCGAGUAGUUAACAAGACUUUAUGACAAAUGACCUUUCCCUGUUAUAUAGAUGUAGAUUAAAACUUAAAUAUUAUUUAGCUAGGGUUAAAUUCUAUUCAAAGAAUUUAGAAAGGUUUAUUAAACCUGCCAGUAGAUGUAAACUUUUACCAUACCAACAAAUAGCUUUUGGGAGCAUUGUACCAUUGUAUUGUAGCAAGGUUGCAGUUAAUUUGUCAGAGUCAUACAUGUUUGAUGAGUUCUUUGUAACAUAAUAAAUUAUUGAGAUGUUGAAA